UAAAGAUGUCGUCGACAGCAAGCCUCCUCGUGCUUGCUCUGGCAGGCCUCCUGCUCGUCACCUUCCCAGGCCUAUGCGCCGGCACCGCCGCAGCUCAUCACCGCCCCAACGGCAACCAGUGCCACCCGAGCGGCUCGUUGGAGGGGCCGAGCACGGGCCACAUCUGCGGGGAGUGCUGCAAGCCCGGGCACCUCUAUCCGAAGUACCAGUGCUCGUCGCCGGUCACCAAAAAUACCAGGGCCGUCAUGACGCUCAACAACUUCGAGGAGGGUGGAGAUGGCGGUGAUCCGUCGGAGUGCGACGGCAAGUACCACUACAACACGGAACGCGUGGUGGCGCUAUCGACGGGGUGGUACAACCACGGCAAGCGCUGCGGCAAGAACAUACGGAUCAGCGCCAAGGGCAGGUCCGUGCUCGCCAAGGUCGUGGACGAGUGCGACAGCCUGCACGGUUGUGACAAGCCGCACGCCUUCCAGCCGCCGUGCGAGCCCAACAUUGUCGACGCGUCCCAGGCCGUGUGGGAUGCGUUGGACAUCACCGGGGAUGGGGUUGGCGACUACCCUAUCACCUGGACGGAUCCGGCGGACCUCCUCGCCGCCGGGCCGUCGCGCCUCCCGGCCGCCGGGCUGCCGCACCGCACCGCCGGUCCGCCGAGCUCCAGGGAGCCCGGGCUGCCGCUCGCGGAGGUCAGCCCCGGGGAGCCCGCCGUCGCAGCCUCGCCGUCGCAGCCGCCCCGCCACUGGCUCGCCUCCGCGCCGCCGGAUCUCCAGAUCAAUGCUCACAGCUCACUACUCACAACAAGUCACAGUAAUACAAUCACAAAGAUGUCGUCGACAGCCAGCCUCCUCGUGCUUGCUCUGGCAGGCCUCCUGCUCGUCACCUUCCCAGGCCUCUGCGCCGGCACCGCCGCAGCUCAUCACCGCCCCAACGGCAACCAGUGCCACCCGAGCGGCUCGUUGGAGGGGCCGAGCACGGGCCACAUCUGCGGGGAGUGCUGCAAGCCCGGGCACCUCUACCCGAAGUACCAGUGCUCGCCGCCGGUCACCAAAAGCACCAGGGCCGUCAUGACGCUCAACAACUUCGAGGAGGGUGGAGAUGGCGGUGACCCGUCGGAGUGCGACGGCAAGUACCACUACAACACGGAGCGCGUGGUGGCGCUGUCCACGGGGUGGUACAACCACGGCAAGCGCUGCGGCAAGAACAUACGGAUCAGCGCUAAGGGCAGGUCCGUGCUCGCCAAGGUCGUGGACGAGUGCGACAGCCUGCACGGUUGCGACAAGCCGCAUGCCUUCCAGCCUCCUUGCGAGCCCAACAUCGUUGACGCAUCCCAGGCCGUGUGGGAUGCGCUAGACAUCACCGGGGAUGAGGUCGGCGACUACCCUAUCACCUGGUCGGACGCAUGAUGAGUACUUGGUCUCUGGAUAGUCUGUGUCCUCCCUUUCUAUGAACCGACGGUUUCUCAGUUCUUCGUAAGUGCUUUUGAGUGUCAGAUGUGUCCUGAAUGUGUUGUCUCAAAUCUUUUUUUAAUGAAUAAACAAAACGACGGUUUCAAUUA